CCGCGACGUAACAGUCGCACGCGGCAGCCUGUCAAAACGAUAGGUGUCUGGUCUUUUCAAAGUUGGUUGUCGCUCGUUUUCUCUCCAGACAAGUUUCUGAUAUGACAUCCAAACGGGCUCAGGAAGAGCCCGGAACCGCCGGCGGGAGGAAGAGGUCGAAAGGCGGCCUGGAAACGGCGGAAUUUAGUGUCGACGUGCGGGACGAGCAUCUGAAGAGAGCUGUGAAGGAGGCUUGGAGCCGCGGGUCUCACUACAGCCAGGGGUUUUUAGAGUUGGACUGCCACCCUUUCCCUCACUGCACCAUCAAGAACUUCAUCAACAGUGAAAGCUUUGUUGAAAACCUGCAGAAAGAGUUGCUGAACCUCAACUUCAACGAAAAGUCAAACGAUUUGUACAAAUUCAAACAGUCUGAUGAUCUGAAGAAGAGAAAAGAGCCACACAUCACAGGACUGAGGGCGGCUCUGUUCCAGCGGUUCCGGUCCUGGCUCGGGGAGGUGUUGGGGGUCGAGCUGGAGCCCACGGUGGAUAUUUCUUGUGCCAAAUAUGAACACACAGAUGUUCUCUUGUGUCACGAYGAUGAACUGGAGGGGAGACGAGUCGCUUUCAUUUUGUAUCUUGUGCCACCGUGGCAGAGCAGUGACGGGGGAACCCUCGAUCUUUACACAACAGAUGACGGUUCUGUUUGAGUGGAUCAAUCCCCUGUAUUUGGACAUGUCUUAUCAUGAGCAGAUCCAGGAGGAGUUUGAAGACAGUUCUGAAAUUCAGCUUAAAGAUUUUCUCAAGGAGGAGAAGUUCAGGGAGGUGAGUGAAGCUCUGCGACUGGCCCAGAUCCAGUGGACCAAGAGAGGUCCGCCCAAUAAGAGGUGCUACGAGGCGGCCUCUCCGGAGUCUCUGCCCGAGCCUGUGAGUUCCUGCUGGGAGCUGCUUCGCUCGGAGGCGUUUUUCCUUCUCCUCUCCAACUUCACCGGCCUUCGAUUGCACUACCUGUGUCCCGCUGAUGAUGAUGAUGAGGAGGAGGAUGCGGAAGAGGAUGGAGAAGUGGCAGGAUCUUCGGCGAGACCGUCAACGUCGGCGGCGGCAGCAAAUGCAAGCAGACGGAAAGAGCUGAGCACACCUGUGUGUUGUGGAGAAGUGCGCCGCUGGACUCAUGGCAGCUACACUCUGCUGCAUGAUGGUGAGGCAGCGCAGGCAGAAUAUGCCCUGGAUCUGAUUUUACCUUUUGRCUGCACAGACUGGCGGUCAGAGUUUGGAGGAUUCACCUGUUAUGUUGCUAAUGAAGAGGAUGAAGAGCUUCUCACCGUGCAUCCAGAGAACAAUUCUCUCGCCCUCGUCUACAGAGACAAAGAAACGCUGAAGUUUGUGAAACACGUCAAUCACAGCUCUUCUAUUGGCAGUUCGACAUGCAGAGAGUUUUAUGACUUUUCUUUUGUCUACUAUGAAUAAAUUUCUGUAUCAUAUUUUUUAUUUUAUUUUUAAGGUUUUUACAACGUCCAACUGAUUAAUUUUUUAAAACUUUUUAACUAAUCAACUUUUUUUCUAAAGAGCAUUUUUGAAGUUGUCAGAAUGAGCCGACAAUUAAACCAAAUAACAAUAAACGAUCUAUUUGCUACAGCCAAUACAAACUGAAUUAGUAAUUUUUAUACGACAGCAGUUACACCAUACAACUGAACAGCAAUAUAAAUUUUUUUUAUUCCUGCUGCUGAUGAAAGUUCAGUUGAGUUCUUUUUAUGCAAAUAAAUUUCAGCUUUUUUGA